AUGCUCCUUUCUUUCUUCAGAGACUUUAUUGAACAGAACUAUGUGGAGCUGAAAAAGGCUAAUCCAGACUUUCCCAUAUUAAUCAGAGAAUGCUCAGAGGUUCAGCCUAAACUAUGGGCACGAUAUGAAUUUGGAAAGGAGGUGAGCGUCUCCCUUAAUAAUCUAAAGGCUGAACAAGUAGCCAAAGCCUUAGAGUCUGUUGCGAACAGCAAGCCAUAA